CAUUUGCGACAAGAAAUACCUUCUACGGUAGGAACUAACGACGCCGACAGGAGAGAUCGAUCAGACAACUCGAAGUUAGUAAACAACCCUCGUGAUCGUACAGUCUCACAGAAUACCCCACCGGGUUACAAUGAUUUAUGA